AGGCUGGAGAGGGCAAUGGGGAAGAGGGGGAGAGGAGAGGAAAGGGGGAGAGGAGACCGGAGAGUCGGCCCUGCCCAGGUACCCUGGAGAGCGCAAGCCAGGUCUAGCUGGGUCCUCGGGAGCCCUGGUGUGUGGGGGCGGAGGACACACCCCAUCCGCAGCCUCCUGCCACACCUCCGGAUAUCCCAGCUCCUUGCAGAGCCGCCAGGGGAGGACUCGGAGGCUGCCUUGCAGCCGCUGCGACAGCAUCCAUCCAUCUGCGUCCCAGGAACACUCCGGGGGCAUUGCACCUGCCCCGUCUCCCACAAGCCUCUCCACUUCCCGUUCAUCUCAAAGAAGGACCCUGAGGAUGUGAAGGAGGUGGUCGUCUGGAAGCGGUACAGCGACUUCCGCAAGCUGCACGGAGACCUGGCCUACACCCACCGCAACCUCUUCCGCCGUCUCGAGGAGUUCCCCGCCUUCCCCCCGGCCCAGGUGUUUGGCCGCUUCGAAGCCUCGGUCAUCGAGGAGCGGCGGAAGGGGGCGGAGGACCUGCUUCGGUUCACGGUGCACAUCCCUGCGCUCAACAACAGCCCCCAGCUCAAGGAGUUCUUCCGGGGUGGCGAGGUGGCACGGCCCUGUGAGGCGUCCAGGGACCUGCACAUCCUGCCUCCGCCACUGAUCCCCACCCCGCCCCCUGACGAGCCCCGGCUGCCCCAGCCGCUCCCCGCCGAGAGGAGGGGCCUCGAGGAGUCGGAAGUGCCAGCAGACCCCGCGCCGUCCAGCCCCGCCCAGGAGGCCCUGGAUCUCCUCUUCAGCUGUGGCAGCCCCCAGGAGGCGUCGGGGACCCCCACCCGGGGCCCGCUCACCGAGGCUGACCUCGCCCUCUUCGACCCCUUCUCCAAGGAAGGUGCAGGCUGCAGCCCCACCAGCGCAGGCGAGCUGGCAGCGACCGAGGCGGAGGCCACGCAGCCGCAGGAACCCUGGGAGCCAGGAGGGCGGCAGGGGGAGGACCCGCAGGGAAAGCCCGUACCCGCCUACGUGAGCCAGGCCACGGAACUCAUCGCCCAGGCCCUGCGGGACGAGAAGGCGGGCGCCUACCCGGCCGCGCUGCAGGGCUAUCGGGACGGCGUGCACAUCCUGCUGCAGGGGGUGCCUGGUGACCCAUCCCCUGCCCGCCAGGAAGGUGUGAAGAGGAAGGCGGCUGAGUACCUGAAGCGGGCGGAGGAGAUCCUGCACCUGCACCUGACCCAGCUCCCGCCCUGAGGGGGCGCACCCUCCCCGGGACUCCAGCUCCAGCACUGCCAGCCUCCCCGGCCCCUCCCCCAGGGCCUGGCCCUCCCACCGGGCCGUUUCUGUAUGCGACUGCACCAAGAAUGAGAACGAAAGGAUGAAUUCUGAGCUGCCGGAGUGUGGGGGUCUGCUUGGGCCCAGGGGCUCGCGCUUGUGAGCCCAUCCGACCACUGGACUGUCAGGUCACCCGUCUGGCCCCGGGCUCUGCCACCCACAGCCCGGAGCCACACAUCUCGUGCUAAAUACUGAGAUUUUUUUUCCACUUUUUAAUGGUUGGGGGAAAAAUAACAGGCAGGUGAAAAUUACAUGCAACGUAAUCGUAUAUAAAUAAAACUUGGCGGGACCCAA